AUGAGAAUGACACCAUCGCCGGCCUCCGCCAUCGACGCGUUGGGCGACCUUCAAACGGAGUCGCCAAAUCUACUCGCACGCUCAAUCGAUACUCUGGAUACGCUGGGGCUUUGCAAAGCUUUUAACCACGAAGAAGCACGAGUAUGUCCAGCAAUCGAGUGCUGCUUACCGUUCAUUGCAUCAUUGAUUGAGGACCUCGUUCCUCGAUUGCAAACUGGGGGCAGACUCAUUUACGUGGGAGCUGGGAAUAGCGGCCGGGUCGGAUUCAUGGACUGCAGCGAACUACCGGUAACAUUUUCUACCAAAGAGGACCAAUUCCUUGCAAUCGUUGCCGGAGGCAGCCAAGCAAUCAUCAGCGCACAAGAAGCCGCGGAGGAUUCGGAGGAGGAUGGAUCUGCCCAGCUUCACAAAUUACAAAUCACCUGCGACGACACCGUCAUUGGCAUCUCAGCAUCGGGACGAACCCCGUUUGUGAUUGGGGCUCUCAAGGUCGCUAUCAAACAAGGCGCAUUGACUGCUGCUAUCACGAACACAACGCCAUCCACAAUCGGAGGCCUCGCGGUUACGCACUCGAUCGUUCCCAUAGUCGGGCCGGAAUACCUAGCGGGGAGCACCAGAUUAAAAGCAGGAAGCGCGGCAAAGCAAAUCCUCAACAUGAUCAGCACCUGUUCCAUGAUCAAAAUGGGCAAGACUUAUGGCGGCCUUAUGAUCGACGUGCGCGCCAAAAACUACAAGCUCCUAGCUCGUGGCCGCAGAAUUAUCCGUCAAGUUUACCGCAUCCUCCAAGAGAACGGCCAUCCCUUCGCCGACUUCGUCCGAGAUCCCAACCAAAUCGAUGAUCUGGGUUUGAACACAUUAAUUGAGACGUGUGGAGGAAAAGUGAAGCUGGCUUGUUCGGUGGUUGUAUCUGGGCUUCCACACGAUGUUGCCAGGCAGCGCCUCGAUCUGGUGCACGGCAACUUUCAUUCGUUUGUCGACUCCCUCAAGCCUCCUGUAUAUUAUCAAGACACUGGCCUUUCUGGCCCUCCCGAUGAGGAGUUCUUUUUAGCCAUUGACGGUGGAGGAACGAAAUGCGCGGUCACCAUUGCCAGCCGCUCUGGAAUAGUGGCUCAGGCGAAAGCUGGGGCUGGCAACUUCCAUUGCGUGCCAAUUGAAGUUCUUUUGGAUCACAUUAGAUCUGCCGUGACGAAGGCCAUUUCCCUCAUACCUCAGGAAUCCAGGCGGCUAUUUUCGACAGAUAUGCCCAGGUUUGCUGCUGUAUGGGCGGGUCUGGCCGGAUUACAGCAUGCAAAGCGCCGGGAUACCUUGACCAAAUCGUUGGAGAAAGUCUUCGGGGUUUCUGCCAAGAACGGUAGUCUCCGUCUAUCAAGCGAUAGUGAACUUCCAAGUGCUCGCAUCGGCAUCGAAAAUCCUACCAGGCGUGGUAUCUCUCUCAUCGCGGGUACGGGAUCAGUUGCGACCGCAUUUAAACAGGAUUCGAACGGGGACGUAAUACCGAUCGGAAGAGCCGGGGGCUGGGGCUCGCUAAUUGGAGACCAAGGCAGCGCGUUCGAUAUCGGAAAACAAGCUGUGCAAGCACUAUUGACCAGCGUGGAAUUGAGUCAAGGGACCGAAACUGAUUGCCUCACCGAGCUUGAACUCGCAGUCCUAGCAAGCCUGGGUCAUUUCAAGGAGGGCCUACUUUCGCGCAUUCUAUUUUCCGGUACCGAGAUGAAGAAUAACAUUGCCGACCUUGCAAGGGUUGUGACAGCGUUAGGUUUCAGGACAAACCCCGACCCUCAGGCCGUCGAGAUUCUUACCUCUGCCGCCAGGUCUCUCGUUCGUCUCGUCAAGCCACUUGCUAAGAAGCAGAUUUGCGAUCCUGCCACCAGCUCUCUUGUGCUAUCAGGAGCUUUGAUGAAAAUGCCUGAUUUCCAGAGCUUAUUCCUUCAUGAAUUGUCUCGGGAGGGGCUGCAUGCCUUCAGAAAUGUUGUUACUGUUGAUGAUCCGUCGGCCGUUGCCGCCUUGUUUCUUGCGAGCAAGCAUCCAAGAACGACGUGA